AUGGAAGCUAGCAGUCAUCGCAGAUAUUUGCUCGAUAUGCGAUGCUCCCGCGAGCUUCCUAAAUGUAGCUCCUGCAAGCCAUGGCCAGGGAGCUGUCACUACUCGAGGGAGAUGGCGUCUUCUUCCCAGCCGAGUCCCAGUCGCGUGCCAAAGGAACAUACUACUAUCGAAACUCGACUGCGGCACCUGGAGCUCACAGUCCAACGUUUAACAAACUCUGUCGAUCACGCUUUACAAACUAUUCUUUCGGUACCCCCGAGACCGAUUAACGCUCAAAAGCCAGCUGAACCAAGUCACUCAGUUGCAGUUGCAGCGAAUGACUCGAAUUCCGACCUAUACAUUGGGCCAUCCCAUUCCUUUACUUUCUUACAAGAGACACCAGCUAACAUCGAUGCGAUCCGUCGGCCAUCAUGCCACGAGACUCGUCAGAGCGCUCGCUCGGAGCUUCAAUAUCUCUCUAAUAGCCUGGGUUCAGCACAAGUAGCUCAAGGCACCAUGGAAGAUACUAUGAGCUUUUACGUUCCCUCGCGGCCGGUGGGAUAUCGCUUGAUAAGCAAGUUCUUGGUGAUUGCUGAGGUUGGCGAACCAUUCUUUUCUGCUCCAACUGAUGAUAUGAUCCGACAGGUUGUUUUCGAGCCGCACAAAGUUCGUGAAAAGGCAUGGAUUGUCUACUUCAACUACUUAUUACUAUCCGAUAUAUCAACUGGGGAUGAUUCCAGCAGCGAGACAGCAAAGCUGCGGCGUAACGUACAGCUAGCGCUUAAUGACAGUCGUAUUUUCCUUGAACCACGUGAAGCUAAUGUCCAGGCGUUGACUAUCUUGGCCGCUCAUGGUGAAGACUAUGCUGCGCCCAACCUGUCGUGGAUGCUACUGGGACACGCCUGUCGGCAGGCCGAGGCUCUAGGGUUGCACGCAUUGGGUCACCGUUCAGCUGAGUCGAGACAAAAGCAACUUUGCCUUUUUUGGCUUCUUUUUGUCAUGGAUAAAUCGUGCUCUCUUGCAUUUGGCCGCCCUGCGUUUCUUCCGACAGCCGUGUAUCAGAACGUACCGUUGCCAGACGACGAUAUUCUGAUCAGUUUCCACCUUCGUGAUGGUGAGGAAAAUGCGCAAAAGGUUUCCAAGUUCGGUGCCCAGCUUUUCAAGAGAUCUACGGAACUCUCGAAAUUAAUAGGACUUGUCUUAGAUGUCCUGGCGACAGAUGCUUCCUCACCUGCAAAAGGGGAUAUUCGGGGUAAACUGGAUGACUGGUAUGAAGACACAAACCAGGUUCUUACAGACACCAUGAACGCUGAAUGUGUCUUGGCAAAUGCAAGUCACCGCAAGGAGAUGGCUCUGGGUAUUAAUAGCAUGAAAUUUCACUACCUUCACGUUCUUAUCAUCCUGCUAAAAGGGGAUGAAUCAAACUCGUCUCUUCGACUGUCAUCUGCUCGUGACGCUGUCUCUCUCUUGAGUUCAAUGGUGUCCAAUUGGAGUUCGAUAUACAAUGGAGUUGUUUGGCAGCUCCUGUAUUAUCCCUUCACCCCUUUCUUUGUAAUAUUUGAAAAUAUCGUCCAUCAUACUUGUUGGACCCCUACAGUCGAACAAGAUCUGCAGCUGCUAUCUACGACUGUAACUUAUUACGCGGAAAUGCGAUCCCAGAUGCGUCUACUGGCGACUGUUUGUACCAGACUACAGCGCGUCGCGGCCGUUUUCCUUCAGCUGGCACAAACUUACGUCCGUCAGCACACGUCCGACCCAACAGCAGACAACAUGGUAACAUCCACAGAAAACUGCAGCACAUCGCCAUCAGGCGACUACAAUAUGUCGGCCUACAGUGACCGAGCAAUGAACGAUUUUGCCCCCGAUUCCGCUAAAGAUAGUGAGACUCAGCCAAACGUCGACAUGGGGGAGCCGGACGUCGCUAGUUACCUAGAAUGGCUUCCUGCGACCUGGCUCUCACAUGGCCUAUCGUUGAUGUUGGUCGUCAGAACCUGGCCAGUGGCCACUCUGGUGCCGGCGACAGAGACACUUCCCGUAAUCCGCCUCGGAAGACUUUUGAUAUUAGCCUCUCUAGGUCUGUAUUGA